CUCACACAUUUGAAGUGGUGACAGAGAAGAUACCUUCUUUGGAAACUCUUCUCAAAUGUAGUGUGACCUGUGAGUGUUAGUAGGUUCAUUAUGAUUUCUCUGGUUUAGAAACACAUCUGUAGGUCAGGGGUGGACGUGUGUGGGUCAUCUUCUGUCCAACACUGUCCUCUCAGGGCGGGAAGUGUGUGUGUUUUGAUUCCUGGGGGUCUGCAGCCAACAUGGCCGAGAGCUUCGAGGCAGAGAGACUCUGACAGCUGGCCCGGCCUGUGGAAAGCAUGCUUCUGCUGCUGCAGCUUCUCUCUCUGUUCUAUUUAUACUCCCCUCACCAGGCUCUCUGCUGGUGUCUGUUCAUUCACGCCAAAGACCUCGGCAAAUAAGCCCACAUUAAAAUGCCUGUCAGUGACAAAGCUGCUCCGACCACCGUAGUUGAAUGGGUUGGUUAUUAAAAGGCCAAAUACUACGCUCUUAAAAUCUUUAUUUUAGCUUUUCAAUGUGAAAUUGAAGCUACUUUGUUUGGUACUUUUGAUAUCCUUUCACCUUUAACCCUGACCUUUGGCAAAUGUGUUCAUUUAUUGUCAACUUAAAAGUAUCUUUAAACUCUUGAUAACAUGUUUAGUAUGUAUAUUUGCUGUAUUUUGUUUUGGUUUCCCGGCGCAGUGUGUUUUAAUUUUAAGUUUUCCAUUAUUGUAUCUUCUUGGUUGAACUUUUGAUGUUCCUGAUCAACGUCAAGCUAUUGCUCUAUAAUAGAUUCGUAGAUACUGUAAGCCAUUCUUUCUACAGUAGCUUACUACGAUUCGAAAACAUUGUAUUUGCUGACCUCUAGUGGUUAAACCUUUGCUUGAAUCGCUUCCCAGUUGUUUUCAGUGGUACAGAUGGGCUGUGUGUGGGCUCAGCCAUACAAACUACUGUGCCAACUGCUGGAUUAAUGUUGGACUCAUGUUUGUUGUUGUUUUUUCUACAGUUCCCACAAAUCAGAUGCACAGCCACACUGACGGAGAAAUGGCCAUACCACGGGUUUUUAACUCCAACACACCUUUCAUCAUUGUAUCAGGGGGAUCUGAGCUUACGUUCCUGAGCAAGGAGGAGAACAACCAGGGCUGCGAAGAGGAGAAGGAAUCACUGGUCCAGGCCAUCACCCCACACCUGGGCCGAGUGAUGCAGCAUGGCACGGCCAAACACAUGGUCACACAGGGACGUGAGGAGUCAGAGGAGAAUCCCUGUGUGUCUAUAGUGGCCCAGGCUGAGAGAGAAGACUUUCAAGAGUUCAGUCCCACCAUCACUCAAGGCCCCUUCUCAAGGAGUCAGCAGCUCAAAAAACUCAGGUCUGUCAGCAAGGAGUCAGCGUUCAUAAGUGACACAGAGGAUGAAGAUUUUGAUGUGUCCACCAAACGCUCUCACUACCACUGGCAGAGAAAACAGCGCAGAAAAGCACGAACCAGGCAGAGCCCGGAGGAGGGAGGAGAACCUCCUGUCAUCUGUGGUCUGUGGGUGCAGGAGAUUGACUGGCUCAAAUCAGCAGACGCUGAAAACGUGGCGGCGGCAUCAUCUGCUGAGCUCAUCCCGCCUCCUCCCCAAUUUACUGACUCAGUCCUUUGCUCCUGCUGCCACAGAGACACACACUCCUCCACCUGUGAUGAAGGCUGUAGCUGUGCUGAGUUGGGUGACUUUGUCAGAGAAUCAGAGGAUGUGUCGCCUUCAGAAGAUCUGUGUAGAUCAAUAAUGUCAGAUGAAACGUCCAGUUCUGAGGACAGAACAGGCUCAGACUUUGAUUGUGGUCUGGACCAGACCUCGGAGUCCAUCUGCACUCAUGACGGUGACUCAGACUCGUCCUGCUGUGCAGAGGACGACACACAAACACCAGAGAGGCUUGGAGUUGAAGCCAAUGUUUCAGAUUCAAACUUUGACCUGAUGCACGUGUCUGGGUUUAACUUGAGUCAUGUUGACUGGGAUUAUAACUCUGACGACCCGAGUGACACUGGUGAGGUCUUAAAUGCAGUAGGAGGCAGAGUGACAAAGAUGCCGAAACUCUGUGCGUCACCACUGCUUGAAGAUUUGAUAAAAGACACUCUUGAAGACUGGACACACAACAUGGCCCACAACGAAGGACUCAUAUUUCAUCAUCAACUCCAGCCCAGAGGCUGUCAGUACAGGGAGGGAGAAGAAUACAGCAUUCUCCACCACAUUCAGAACGGAUCAUAUGGCGAUGUCUUCUGUGUUCAGGACAAAAGGACAGGAUUCAAAUGUGCUGCCAAGAGGGUGAGUCAAUAA